CCCAUACACACAUUCUCACUCUGUUUUCUUACAACUCAAAUCUCUUUUUCUAUCUCUUUCGACUUAUAUUUGCAAACAAUAAAUGGUAAGAUUCAUCGAAGAAAACACAAAACCGGAGAAAAUUGAAACAGGAGACAAAUCAAAAACGGAUGCAACAUUAACGGUGAAGACGAAAGUUCUUCAAGAUCUUAUCAUCAACAAUGGAGGAGGAUUAAUAAAUUCAUGGGUUGAUUCCAUGAGAGCUUGUUCACCUACUCACCUCAAAUCUUCGAUGAAACAAAGCUCUUGGCUCACAGAACAUCCAUCAGCUUUAGAUAUGUUCGACGAGAUUCUUAAUGUUUCCGAAGGAAAAAAAAUCGUUAUGUUCUUGGAUUAUGAUGGCACUUUAUCUCCCAUUGUGGAUGAUCCAGACCGAGCUUUCAUGUCUAAGGAGAUGAGAAGAACAGUGAGAAAACUAGCAAAAUGUUUUCCUACUGCCAUAGUUAGUGGAAGAUGCAGAGAAAAGGUUUAUAAUUUUGUGAAACUGACUGAGUUGUACUAUGCUGGAAGUCAUGGAAUGGACAUCAAAGGACCAGAGCAAGGGUCCAAGUAUAAGGAUGAUAAAUCUCUUCUUUGCCAACCAGCUACAGAGUUCCUCCCCAUGAUCGACGAGGUCUAUCAAAAAUUAGUGGAUAAAACAAAUUUUACUCCCGGAGCCAACAUAGAGAACAAUAAAUUUUGUGUCUCUGUUCAUUUCCGACGCGUCGAUGAGAAAAACUGGAGUGAUUUGGCUAAUCAAGUUCGAUCAGUCAUGAAGGACUACCCUGAGCUCCGACUUACUCAAGGAAGAAAAGUUUUGGAAAUUCGUCCUAUCAUUAAAUGGGAUAAAGGCAAAGCACUCGAGUUUUUAUUAGAGUCCCUUGGAUACGCCAAUUGUACCGACGUUUUCCCCCUUUAUAUCGGCGAUGAUCGCACAGACGAAGAUGCAUUUAAGAUACUGAGAGAAAGAAGACAAGGUCUUGGCAUUCUUGUAUCCAAAAUCCCAAAGGAGACUAACGCAUUAUAUUCUCUGCAAGAGCCUGAUGAGGUUAUGAAUUUCUUGCAGCGUUUAGUGGAAUGGAAACAAUUGAGAUCUGGAGCAUGAUGAUAGAGCUAUAAGCCUAUAAGUACAUAAGACUCUUUUUAAUGACAUGUUAAUCAAGUUUUUUUUCCUUCUAUGUAUUGUACUCAACGCAUCUUUGUAAAGAGAGAUCCAUUAUCAAAGAAAACAGUUAAUGGAAUCGAUCAUAUAUGGUUCUAUUCAAUUAUUUCUACGCGUGUAUAUUAUAAAUACU